AUGAUGGCACAUGCUGAUUUCAUAGAAUUCAAGGCAUCCAGAUCCCAUUCACAAUACAAAUUGAACUCUAUUGAUUUCGAUGACUUUGCUUACAACUUAAAUAAAACUAUAUACAAUUUUUAAAAGUCAUAAGAAGGAAAAACGAUAGAUAAAAUUUCUAAAUUUAGAAGGGCAAAGAGCUUCUUAUAAGUAAAAAAUCAUGAAUCAACCAAUGCUAUCUAUUAAACGUUUAGUAGAAAUGCACCUGGAUUUGAUGAAAAUGAAACCAAAGAACUUAUGGAGCUCAUUCUCCAAUUAGAAUAUUUAUUCAUUCUCUACCACAAAUUCUAUCCAGAUUAAAGUAACCCAAUUUUACUAACAUCUUAUCUAAAUUGUCUAACCUACAAUAAAGAAAGUAUAUAACUCACUAUAUUAUAGAAUAUUUUGAUAAUUAUACCAACGACAUCUCGGAAACCCUCCAAAUGUCAAUUUUACGUAAUUCUUAAUAAAGAAUUAUUGAAGAAAAAACUGAUGAAAACCUAAUAAAAUUUUUAGUUAAUGAAAUCAAUAGAAGGAAUAAAUAUAAGAAAAAUAUGUAACUUAUCAGAAGUGAUUUAAAUAAAUUUUAAAAACUUUAACAAAACUAUGAAAUUUAACGAAAAACUAAAUAAUUAGAACAUACUAAAUCUAAUUUAUUAGUGGCUUCAUUAAAAAUAACAUUUUAAAAUGUAAUAUAAAACUUAAUAAAUUAGGAUUAAAAUCAUUCUGUUAAUGUUCGAUUUCCAUUGAUUGAUAAAAAUAAGUCUCUAUGUUUAGAUUUUGAUAAAUUACUGAAGUAAGGGGAUAUUCAUGAUCUCUUUAAAUAAUGGAAUAAUUACAUAGAUAUAACAUCUUCUCAUUCAGAAAUAACACUAUUAAUCUCAAUAAUAUAAGAUCUUUUUCAAGAAGAUAGUUGGAUUAUUAAAUCUAUUGUAGAAUAAAUAUAAGAUGAAUUCAUCAUCUCUACUUAAAAAAUAGUUCUUCAAAUAGGAGCAUUAACAUAAUUCUGUCCUAAAUGUUUAACUGUAUAUGACAGAAGUCAUAAAGAAAUUGCAUAUUUGCUAUAAUCCAAACUAUAACAACAACUAUCGAAUUUUUAGAUAAAUGAAAAUUUAAAUAUAGAAAAAUAAGUUAUGAUAAUGUAAAACUCAUAGGAAGAGUUGUAAAAAGAAGAUUAAAGACAUAGUUUAGAGAAUGCUCUAUUAUAAUCAAACAAUUUAAAAAUGUGUUUAAUACCAUAAGGAUUGAUGAGUUAAUUAUUCUUCAUUCAUAGAUAUUGUGAUGAUGGAUCUUUAGUAGAAGAAGAAGAAGAUUAAGGUUAAAGUUAAUGUUAAUGUUAAAGUUAAGAAUAAAAAUAGGAUUCAUAAUCAAUAAAGUAAUUAGAUAAUAGCUAAAUUAAAUUUAAUCGAUAAUUUGUUAGAUAAGCUUCUAGAAGAACAAGUCUAAUAAGUUUUGGAUAUUCUGAAAUGUAAGCAGAAUAUUCUAAUUUCUAACCACUUAGAUAAAAAUUAACAGAUAUGAAAAUUCAUUCAACUGUAUAUAUGGAAAAUAUGGAUAAGAAGGAAUGGAAAAAGAUUUUUGAUAAAAUCAAAUAAGAAAAGAUGUAGAAUAAAGAUUUUUUAAAAACUAAAUCAAUUUCUUCUAAUUAAUCAUUCGAUAUUAAUUGUAAUGAUGAAAAGUUUUUGAAAUAGAUGAAAGUUUUCUUAUAAAAUCAAUAAAUGAGAAGACAAUGA